AGCUGUUGAGCAUCAUCGCAGAGAGGAGAAUUUCAUCUCAUCGUCUCGUCCAAAUCGGCGGCGCCGAUGGAGCCCAACCCCAAUCCCGCCCCGACCGUGGUGCUGUACGCUUGCCUCGGCGUGGGCCACCUGAUCCCGAUGGUGGAGCUCGCCAAGCUGCUCCUCAGCCGCGGCCUCACCGUCGUCAUCGCCGUCCCGACCCCGCCGGCCUCCACCGCCGACUUCUUCGCCUCCUCCGCCUCCGCCAUCGCCGCGCUCGCUGCUGCCAACCCCGCCGUCUCCUUCCACCACCUCCCGCCCCCGGACUACCCCAUCCCGGACCCGGACCCCUUCCUCCAGAUGCUCGACGCGCUCCGCCUCACGGUGCCCGCCCUCGCCGCCUUCCUCCGCUCCCUCCCCUCCGUCGCCGCACUCGUGCUCGACCUCUUCUGCGUCGACGCGCUCGACGCGGCCGCAUCCACCGGCGUCCCGGCGUACCUCUACUACACCUCCUGCGCUGGCGACCUCGCCGCGUUCCUCCACCUCCCGCACUACUUCGCCGCGACGGACGGCGGCGCUAGCUUCAAGGACAUGGGCAAGGCGCUCCUUCGCUUCCCCGGCGUCCCGCCGAUCCCGGCGUCGGACAUGCCGCACACGGUUCUCGACCGCGCGGAUCGGACCUGCGCCAUGCGGCUCCGCCACUACGGUCGCAUACCCGAGGCUCGGGGCGUGCUGAUCAACACCUACGAGUGGCUGGAGGCGCGGGUCGUUCGCGCGCUCAGGAACGGCGUCUGCGUCCCCGGCCGCCCCACGCCACCGGUGUACCCCAUCGGGCCGUUGAUCGUCAAGGGCCAGGACGCGACGGCGGCGGGAGGGGAGCAGCGGCACGCGUGCCUGGCGUGGCUGGACUCGCAGCCGGAGCGCAGCGUGGUGUUCCUCUGCUUCGGCAGCUUGGGCGCUGUCUCGGCAGCGCAGCUGAAGGAGAUCGCUCGCGGCCUGGAGAGCUCCGGGCAUCGCUUCCUGUGGGUGGUGCGGAGCCCGCCCGAUGACCCGAGCAAGUUCUUCCUCUCGCGCCCGGAGCCGAACUUGGACGCGCUGCUCCCGGAGGGGUUUCUGGAGCGGACGAAGGACAGGGGGAUGGUGGUCAAGAUGUGGACGCCGCAGGUGGAGGUGCUGCGGCACGCGGCCACCGGCGCGUUCGUGACGCACUGCGGGUGGAACUCGGUGCUGGAGGCGGCGUCGGCCGGGGUGCCGAUGCUGUGCUGGCCGCAGUACGCGGAGCAGAGGCUGAACAAGGUGUUCGUGGUGGACGAGAUGAAGGUCGGGGUGGUGGUGGACGGGUACGAUGAGGUGAUGGUGACGGCCGAGGAGGUGGAGAAGAAGGUGAGGCUGGUGAUGGAGUCCGAGGAAGGGGAGAAGCUCAGGGAGAGGCUGGCAUUGGCGAAGGAGAAGGUGGCAGAAGCGCUGGCCGAAGGCGGGCAGUCCUGGGUGGCGUUUGAAGAGUUCUUGAACGAUUUGAAGCUGGCCAAGUGAUCGAGCACAGGAGGUGAGCAUCAUGGUUGAUCCUGGAAGCUGACAUGUUCUAAGGUUUGCGUCAAUGCCCACUCCGAAGUCUGAACUCUUUCAAUGAGACAGCAUGGCUUGGAUUUGUGAGAAUUUGACAGCCUCCUUAAGCUUAAGCAUUGCAUUCAGGAAUGAUAUGUAGUACCUGUGCUUAAACACUGAGGAUAAUGAAAACUUCAAAAUUUCCUCACAGCA